AUGAAAGACAUCACUAUAUGGAUCGUGUUGAUGUCUGCUGUGGGAACAACGAUGGAUGCAGCAUUUGUUCCGGUAAAAUUCAGCGCCACACAAGAAGACGGAAAAUGUGAACAACCUCUUGGCCUUGAAAAGGGUAAUGUUUCCAACGGACAGCUCAGUGCCUCUUCGGAAUGGGACUGGAACCAUGGUCCCAGACGUGCCAGACUUAAUAUUCAAAGAGAACGAAGCCGUGGCGCUUGGUCCUCUCGAAAAAAUGACGGCAACCAGUGGCUCCAGAUCGAUCUCUUUGACGAAAAUGCCAAAGUGACAGGCGUUGCCACACAGGGAAGGUCUGACUGGAACCAGUGGGUCACUAAGUACAGGAUUCAGUACAGCAAGGAUGGAAAAUACUUUCAGUUCUACAAGGCGCAAGGACAAUCUACGAUCAAGGAAUUUACUGGUAACAAGGACAGAAACACCAUAGUAAGGCAUGACCUGAAUCCACCAAUCACAGCACGUUUUAUCCGUUUUCGACCUGAUAGUUGGGUUGGACACAUUUCCAUGAGGGCGGAACUCUAUGGCUGCUUAGUCGGUGAGUGUCUCAAGCCCCUCGGCGUGCAAAGCGGUGAAAUCUCUGACGAACAAAUUUCUGCCUCUUCGGAAUGGGACAGAAACUAUGGCGCCAAACGCGGCCGACUUGAAAUUAAGAAAGAAGGGUCGCUGCGAGGUGCUUGGUCUUCUCGCAGGAAUGAUCAAAACCAGUGGUUACAGAUCGAUCUUCGCACUCAUUAUACGAAGGUGACAGCCGUAGCCACACAAGGAAGAGAUGACUGGCAGCAGUGGGUCACCAAGUACAGGUUGCAGUACAGUCAUGAUGGAGAGAACUUUGAAUUCUAUAAGGAGCCAGGGCAGACUACAAUCAAGGAGUUUACAGGAAACAAGGACCAUCUCACCAUUGUUUUUCACAAACUAAAUCAGCCAAUAUUUGCGCGUUUUAUCCGAUUCCUUCCCCGGUCAUGGCGUUCGCAUAUCUCCAUGCGGAUAGAAGUGUAUGGUUGCCCAGCUCUGGUGGAAAACAUGGACCAGGACGGAGAUGGAUUUGCCAGCCAAAGUGAAGUGAAAAGCUUUGGUUUAGAGUGGAGGGGUAGUGUGGAACAAUUUGAUCUGAACGCUGAUGGCAAACUUAGUCCGGAAGAGUCCAAAAUCAUGACUUCCAAAAGUGAAUUUGAUACGAAGCAAAUCCUGUGUCAUUUCGAAGCCACCGAUACGAACAAUGAUUUAUUCGUGACGGCUGGAGAGCUGAAGAAACGAUUUGAAUACUUGAAAUACGACAUCUCUCUCAAUAGCGUCACAGAAUUUAUUAAGAAGGGAGACGUUGACGAACCGGAUAAUAAAUUCAAUUACAACGAGUUCAGCUUGGCCAUGUUUGGUGCUUAAGACCCAGAUUAUUGUAUGAACAAUCAACUACGAGAGAAGCAUCGAGUCAAACAGGUCU